GUCACGUGACUGAUGACUCCCUACUUCCUGAUUUUCAAGUUCUCCAAAAACAAUCUACACCGAUUUUAAGGCGUUGUACAGUAACUGUAGCUUUGGAUUGAGUGCUUCAUCAACACUUCUUCAUGCCAUAAGGACACUGGGUGAAGGAUAGAGAGGUCACUGACCUGCACUCCUCCUCCAGGCUGAAUCCCGGAUACACACAUGCACACUGUACACUGCUGCCAGAAAAGACAAGAAAUACGCAUGAGCACUAGAUUGCAGCAUAUUAAAGAUCAUAUUUUAUCAGCAAAACAGUGUUCAGAAAUGAGCGCUUUGCCGCCGAGCCCGCUCACCACUCACGUGCUGAACACCGGCCGGGGUGUACCAGCUGCCGGCAUGAGCAUCACUCUGUACUUCCUGGAUCCUACGACGUCAGCUUGGAACCAUCUGACAACAGGAACUACCAACAGUGAUGGACGUUGUCCAGGUCUCAUCACUAGAGAAGCCUUCAGUGCUGGUACCUAUAAGAUGCGCUUUGAGACCGGACAGUACUGGGAGGGACUGGGGGAGACCUGCUUCUACCCGUAUGUUGAGAUUGUCUUCACCAUCGCUGAUGCUUCUCAGAAGUUCCACAUCCCACUGCUCCUGAGUCGCUUUUCAUACAGCACCUACAGGGGGAGCUAACAAGUGCAGGGACCAAACUGAUUCACACUGAUUCACACUGACCUCCACUGAUCUGCCUGAUCCUGACGUCUGGCUGAAGGUGCACCUAUAAGCUCAUCUACACGUGAAAAAUAACGCUGUUGCUCUUACACCUCUGUUACAGGUCACUUACAAUGGCUCAGUUGUAUGAAAAUGCACAAUAUGCACAAAGCGUAAUAUAAAACUACAGGUCAGUGUUGUUAUAUAUUUCUGUUUCUGUCCUACCUGACUGUCCUAUUUACUAAUAUGUCCUGAAGUAAAAUAAAUGUUUCAGCUGAUGUGAUGGACGGAAAAAGUUACAUAGCAAAAUAAUGUGUGCAUUAAAGAAAACAAUUGCGAGUACAACAGCAGGUUAUUAUCUCCAUUCCCACAGCCAGGCAGUCUAAGGGCUCUUGUGUUUGAAGCUUUGGGGUUAAAUUACAGUACCAAUGUAAUUUCUGCAAUUAUUAAACAAACUUAGCACAAACAUCUGCAGUAAUGUGGUAAUGUAAAAGAGAAUUGUUUUAUUUUGUGUCUAUUUCCCGAAGACUCGCUACCACUGCUCCUUUUUGUCUGCAGUGUUGAUAGCAAUUACAGUAUUUUGGUUUGUGGUUCCAUGACCAAUGAUGAUUUAUAAGAAGUAAGUUAUCAUUUAUUAUACCACUGUGCACCACUACACCACUUGAAUUCUCCUAUCAGAAGGUGGGGAUUAAUUUUCUGUAACAGCAGCUCCUGCACAGGUACUUCCAAUUAAUGUGGUGGAUGCUUCACAACAUUUAAGGCUUAUAAUAAACAGAUUUUUCUAAUGUUUUGUUAUUUAACAAAGAAAAAUGUAUAAUCGUUGAUAUGGUGAAGUUGUCUGUUAGGAGACAUUUUAGGGAAAGGAGUUUGUGCUUUCUGAACUUGUUUCAUCGACAUUCUAUAACAUUAAAUGUAGCUAUAAAGGGUUAAAAACUGUGAUGUUUCAUUCACUAAUAACAAAAAAUGUUGAACGAAAGAAACGUCUGUGUGUGUGAUAUAAGCCGAGUACAAACUUUGGGCCAUGCUGUUAUAGAAAAAUAAUCCACUUCAGUGUGUUAUUUGUUACUUACACCACAGCACAGGUGAGAACAGGAACUAACUUCCACAACAUUAAAUCUAAACCGUUAAAAUGUGCCACAUUUCAUACAUUAAUAAGUUAAGCAUUGUUAUCGUUGGCAAAUCGUUAUGGUAUAAGUGUAAUAACAGACUCCAGACUCUGAUAUUAUGUGAAAAGAUUGCACUUCGGGGGGUUGCGGCACUCCACUUGCGCGUCGUACUGUAUCACACCACCCCGGCGUGCAUUAUUUUUGUAUAACAGCAUGGUCUGUUGUAAGUUGUUCCUAUAUAUUUUACAUUCUGAUAAAACUCUACUCUAUUCUCUUCUA